AUGAAGUUCGGCAAGACCAUCCAGUCGCAGCAGGUUCCGGGGUGGGGGGACUACUACCUCAACUACAAGGCGCUCAAAAAGAUCAUCAACUCUUACGCUGCCGGCCGCUCUGCCGCAGACGCAUCCCUCCUCUCGCUCGGUCUCCGUCCCGCCAAGCGUACCCUCUCCACCUCCGAGUCCCGUCCCGAAUCCUCCCUCUCUGCGCUCCCCUCUUUGGACCGGUCACAAUCAAUCGAUCUCGAUCCACUACCGCCAGAGACGGAGCCACCGGCCCCUAGUCGGACGGGGAGUUUGGCUGGAGAAAGCAAUGAGCGCGGGAAGAGUUUCAAGGCGCAUCGGGAUGUCUUCUUCUUUACCCUGCAGCGGGAGCUGGAAAAGAUCAACACCUUCUACCUCAUCAAAGAACGAGACCUCCGCCUCCGCCUCCUCACCCUCCUCACCAAUCGCAAACGCCUGCUCCAUCAUCAAUCCAGCUUCAACCCAGAACCCAACGGCGGCUCGGACGAGGACUUUGGACCACCUGGAGCCCGUCGAGGUGUCGAAUGGAACUCGCUCGAAGAGGCAUGGCGCCUGUUUGAGCGGGAUCUAGGCAAGCUCCAGGGGUUCAUCGAGAUCAACGCGACGGGGUUCCGCAAGAUCUUGAAAAAGUGGGACAAGCGGUCAAAGAGCAACACGCAGGAGAUGUACCUGGAGCGCCAGGUCGAGGUCCAACCAUGCUUCAACCGGGAGUUUAUCGCCAAGCUAUCGGAUAUCGUCGCCGCCAAUCUGCUCGAUCUCGAGAACGGCUCGGAUCACCUGUCUACCAACCUCUUUGCGGACCUGCCGGAGAUGGUGGUGGAUCGGCGGGUGGACUUUGACUCGGAUGCGGGGCAAGCGCUGGCGAUGGACGCACUGGUGGAUCUGGAGAAUGGGCUGGGCAAGGCGCUGGUAUCGGGUAGGGAGGCGAUAGCGGAUUGGCUCAAGGUGGCCAAGGGGAGGCAGCAGCGCGGGAAGGACAGGCGGGUGAUGCGGAUAUUAUGGCGGGCGGCGUUGUCGGUCAAGGAGGAGGAUCUGAAUCUCGUCCUGUCGUCGGCUCAGCUCGACUUUGACGGGGUCGACAACAUCAACGGUCGGUCACCUCUCCAUCAAGCGUGCAUGGCGGGAUCCAUCCGGCUCGUCCAGAUCUGCGUCGAAACGGUCCCUGCCCUUCUCGAGCGGACGGACGCGUAUGACCGUCGGCCCCUCCACUAUGCCGCAAUGCACGGUCACGCCGAUAUUGUCUCGUACCUCCUCCGUACUGCCCAAUCCUCCUCAACCGACAUGGACGGCUACACACCCCUCAUGCACGCCAUCACCCAAGGUCAUCUCGACGUCGUACGCAUAUUCGUCACUGGCAAGAUCCCCGUCGAGCCCACCAAAGUCUCCAAUGACCUCAUCCCCCUCUCUCUCGCAUGUCAGUACGGCCAUCUCGAGGUCGCUCGUCUACUCCUCCAGUCCGGCGCAAAGGUCAUCCCCAACUCGGAAGGGCUAUAUCCUCAGCACUUUGCGGCCAAGGCGGGUCACGAUGCCAUCUGCCAACUCCUCGUCGAUGCGGGUGGACCGGACGGAGGCGGCAACGACCGGCAGGACAAGUACAACCUCUGGACCCCACUCCACCAUGCGGCCGUCGGCGGAGAGCUACGACACCUUGCGUGUAUCCGCGUGCUCGUCAAGGCCGGAUGCGAUGUCAAUGCUUCGGACGAGUAUGGCAAGUCGCCUGGGUGGUACGCGGCGUGGUUUGGUCAUGUGGAUAUCCUCAACUUCUUGCUGGAUAACGGGGCAAAGCUGGGGAAGCAGCACGCGCUGGAAGGGAUGGAGAGUCUGGGACUAGCGGCGGAUCCGCAGAUGGAUGCGUUGAGUCCGGGGAGCGAUGUCGAACUGGAUCGAGAGCAGGGUAUGGAGGAGUUUGAGUUGAUACCGAGUCUGAGCUUGCCUCCACCUAUCAUCCCUCUCCGAGUCUACGGCCACGAGUUCCUCGCUCAGCGUUGCCUUGUCCAACUCUCCCUCGGUCAUCCCUUCUCCCGCUCGUCCGACCACAAGAUCCCACCGGUCAAACUCUACUCGCGCCUCGGGACCGGUACCGACUCGCUUCACCUCUGGUCCUCGCUUAAGCUCGUCAUGGCGUCCAAGUCGGACAUCUCGGCGGUACCUCACUCGGUCAUCCUCCCUCUUCCGGACGAGCGCGAGGUCUUCUCGUUCCAGGUCCAAUCGCUGGAACGGUUCACCCUCGAGCUAUCUCUAUACCCCACUUUCGGCUCCAAAGUCAUCGGACGCGCCAUCAUCCUCCCCUCGACCUUUAUGGACAUUCGGUACCACAAGGGCUUCGUCGCUCCGCUCCUGGACCACCAUCUUAAAACUAUCGGCGAGGUCGCCUUCGAGGUGUCAUGUAUCCGGCCGUUCGAGGGGGCGCAGCUGGAAAUAGGCGGACGGGUCGAGACGUACUGGAAGUCCAAAGUCACCCCGUCCACGCCGACUCAGGACCACGCCCAUCAAUACCAAGCCCACCGCCCCCUCUCCGUAUCCACCUCCUCUCCCGCUAUCCGCCCGCCAGCUAUCGCAGCUCCUAACCAGCAAUCUCGGGAAUCGGCACUCGUCACCGCCUCGUCCCUCUCUGGCGAGUACGUCCACGUUACUGUCCAGGUGACAAAGGACGGUAUCCCUGUCGCGUAUCCGGACUGGCGCCUCCCCAUCCCCGGACUCGAUAUCGGUGUCGCAGACGUUACGCAUGACCAAUUCCUCUCCCUCUCUUCUUCCCUACAUCGCACCCUCACUCCUCCUCCCACAUCUACCGCCUCUGCGUGGUUCUCCGCCAUCUCCUCCUCCCUCACAUCGCUCGACGAUCUACUCGCAGCCGUCCCCGUCGAUAUAGGCAUCAACGUCCAACUCCGGUAUUGCCGGAACUUUGACAGCGGGUUGCAGAAGGUGGGAAGGAGUAUCGAGGUGAACGAGUUUGUGGAUAGGGUAUUGGCGGGGAUCUAUGAUGCGGGGAGGAGUGGGGCGGUGGGCGGAUCGAGCAGGAAGAUUGUCUUUAGCAGUUUUGAGCCGACGGUGUGUACGGCGUUGAAUUGGAAGCAGCCGAAUUACGCCGUCUUCUUUGCCUCCUACUGCGGUAUAUCUCGCCUCCGCACCGGCCAUACCCUGCAACAAGCACCCGCGGAGGAAGAGACGGACCUGAGGUGUCUGAGCGUGAGGGAGGCGGUCAACUUUGCGAAGUCUACGAAUCUGCUGGGUGUGAUCUUGGAGGCUACUACACUUGCUGCGGUUCCCUCCCUCGUCGCCUCAGUCAAGGACGCUGGCCUGCUGCUCGCUACGUUCGGAGACGGAGGGGAUAUCGCGACUCUGAGAUCAGGCGGAGCAGAUGGGCGGACAGUGGAUGCGUUCAUUAUGGACGGGAUCAUGAUGCUGAGUGUAUAA